AUGUCGUUCCCAUUACCACCGGGCUACUUUACUUGCCCGCCGCUCUCGACGGUCGAACACGACUACCUCGUGGGCCAAGGGCACCGCAUUUGCACCGACACGGCGCGGAACGCUCUCAGCAUGGCCAAGACGCCACCGACCAAGAUCGUCGAGCACCCGGCGACGAAGCGCCGUGCGCUGCUGCACCACGGCAACGAUAUCGUCGACGCGUCACUGUACGGCGUCACCGGCUCGUCGCAGAUCCAGGCCACACAAGACGAGAUCUUGUCGUUUUUUCACUUGGCGACGCGCGAGAAAGUCCAGACGUUCGCCAGCGUCGUGGGCCAAAUGGUUUUGGACCGGGCGACGCUGUAUACGUUGGCCGACCAAACUCGCGACAUUGCGAGUCCGUUCUACUACGCCAGCGUUCAAUGGAGUGCGAUCGCGUGUCCGUUCAUCUCAAAGGCGCUGACGCUCAAGCGGGACACGUGUUUCCUCGAGGUGCUGAGUUCGAUCGAAGUCGAGGACCCCAUCAGUGGCAUGCAACGAAAAGGCAUUGUACGCGCACUUCACUCGGUCGCGCUCGACUGCUGUCCGUCGCUCCGGGCAUCGCACAACCUUGUACGAAGUGCUUUGGUGCGGUCGGGACAUGUUUUCUUGGAGACGGACGACGUUGGGGUGUACGAUUACUUUUACACAUGCAUCGUCGCCGACCCGGGCAACGUUCCUCGGUUUGUCAACCUCAAGAUUUACCAGCGCAUCGUCGGCCAGAUGCUCAAUCUGGACCAUCACCUGGCGCUCCAGCGGCUGCCGUCGCGGAUCGCCGCUGCGCAGCCACUGCCGCGGUUCAAGGAUGCACGACCGAUUACAUACUGCGAAGCCUGUGACACAAAGUUUAAGCUCUUCGCUUCUAAGAACCACUGCUACCUCUGCCGCCAGGUGGUCUGUAGCGCGUGCAUCACGACAUAUCAGCUGCCUACUCUCAACAACCACAGCAUGGACCUCUGCACCUCGUGCUUUUGCGGCAACACGCGGCGCAAGUUUGCGAGCCAGCGCGGGAAGCAACCACUCGCGCCGUCCUGCACAAACAGCUCACGCGGCAGCUCGGACGUCUUCUCAACGUGGCGCUCGAUGCAAAGCGUUCGUUUCUCGGCAUCGUCGGUCACCGACUCGGAGGACAAAUGGACGACAGUGGCGCGUCCGACCCUCGAGUUCAGCGCGACUUCCGAGGCCAUCCCGUCGUCCGAGAUCGAGCGCGAGGUCGCAGAUCCGCUCGAUACAACGUCAACCCAUCUCAUCCAGCUCUCGCGACGUCACUACAUGGGCUUUUGCGGUCGCUAA